GCCCGUCUGCGCAGGCUCGGGACGGGUCUUGGCUCAGGGGUUGGGGCAGGAGUGGCCUUUACUCUUUGUGGGUUCGGCGACUUCGGGCGCGCAGGCCUGUUCCGGGCACCGCGUCCCGGCCCGUGACAGAGUUGGGAGUGCUCCUCCGCCUGCCCGCCUGCGAGGGGCUACGGGGGCCUGGAGCUAGGGGAAAGAGUUGCAGGGGAGGACCACAGGGCUGCGGCCGCAGGACAGUGAUUUGGACCUAGUGAAAGGACGUCGUCCCUUAGCCCCAGCUAUGGACUCCACAGCAUCAGUUCUCCCCUCUCAGGACUCUGCUCUUCCUCCAGAGAGAUACCCAGGAGAAAAGGGAACAACCAGUUUAUUCCUGAAAGCCAGGCCCCAGGAUCUGAUGACAUUUGAGGAUGUAGCUGUGGAAUUCACCCAGUGGGAAUGGGGGAAGUUGGACCCCGCUCAAAAGGACCUAUACAGGGCAGUGAUGCUGGAGAACUUCAAGAACCUGGCCUCUCUGGGGCUUCCAGUGUCUAAACCAUACGUGAUCUCCCAGUUGGAGGAAGGGAAGGAGCCCUAUGUGUUAGAGGGAGAAAUCUCAACAGAUUUCAUACUGGAGAGAAACCCUACAAAUGUAAUGAAUGUGGAAGAGCCUUUGGUCAUACUUCGUCUCUUAUUAAACAUCAGAGAACUCAUACUGGAGAAAAGCCCUAUGAAUGCAGGGAAUGUGGGAGAACCUUCAACCCUUUUCGUGCUCGUCUGUGCCUCGCACUUCUUGUUGCCAACGGUCCGCAGCCCCAGCUCCUGUCAGCCCUAG